UUUUCUUUUUUUUUUUUUUAGGGGGGGGUCUCAAGUAGGAGGUCUCCCCACCACCCCCACCCUAGCCCCCCACCACCCCCGGCCUAAGCAGCUACCAUGGCCGAGGUCCCUGGCGCGGCGUUGUCCCAGGCGGGUUGGUAUCUUUCAGAUGAAGGCAUUGAAGCUUGCACAAGCUCUCCUGGCAAAGUCAAUGUAAAUGACAUCAUCCAGAUUGCUCUCAAUACAGAUCUGAGAACAAUUGGCAAGAAAUUCCUCCCCGCUGACAUCAAUAGUGGAAAGGUAGAAAAGCUUGAAGGUCCAUGUGUUUUGCAAAUUCAAAAAAUUCGCAAUGUUGCUGCACCAAAGGAUAACGAAGAAUCUCAGGCUGCACCAAGGAUGCUGCGAUUGCAGAUGACUGAUGGUCAUAUAAGUUGCACAGCAGUAGAAUUUAGUUAUAUGUCAAAAAUAAGCCUGAACACACCACCUGGAACUAAAGUUAAGCUCUCAGGCAUUGUUGACAUAAAAAAUGGAUUCCUGCUUUUGAAUGACUCUAACACCACAGUUCUUGGUGGUGAAGUGGAACACCUUAUUGAGAAAUGGGAGUUACAGAGAAGCUUAUCAAAACACAAUAGAAGCAAUAUUGGAACUGAAGGUGGACCACCUCCUUUUGUGCCUUUUGGACAGAAGUGUGUAUCUCAUGUCCAAGUAGAUAGCAGAGAACUUGAUCGAAGAAAAACAUUGCAAGUUACAAUGCCUGUCAAACCCACAAAUGAUAAUGAUGAAUUUGAAAAGCAAAGGACUGCUGCUAUUGCUGAAGUUGCAAAGAGCAAAGAAACGAAGACAUUUGGAGGAGGUGGCGGUGGUGCUAGAAGUAAUCUCAAUACCAGUGCUGCUGGUAACCGAAAUAGGGAAGUUUUACAGAAAGAAAAGUCAACCAAAUUAGAGGGAAAACAUGAAGGUGUCUAUAGAGAACUGGUUGAUGAGAAAGCUCUGAAGCACAUAACGGAAAUGGGCUUCAGUAAGGACGCAUCGAGGCAAGCUCUUAUGGAUAAUGGCAACAACUUAGAAGCGGCAUUGAACGUACUUCUUAACAGCAAUAAACAGAAACCUGUUAUUGGUCCUCCUCUGAGAGGUAGAGGAAAGGGCAGGGGGCGAAUAAGAUCCGAAGAUGAAGAGGAUCUGGGAAAUGCAAGGCCAUCUGCACCAAGCACAUUAUUUGAUUUCUUGGAAUCUAAAAUGGGAACUUUGAAUGUGGAAGAACCUAAAUCACAGCCACAGCAGCUUCAUCAGGGACAAUACAGAUCAUCAAAUACUGAGCAAAAUGGAAUAAAAGAUAUUAAUCAACUGAGAUUUCUUCCUCGAAAUGAUACCAGGCAGCCAAGAAAUGAAAAACCACCUCGUUUUCAAAGAGACUCCCAAAAUUCAAAGUCAGUUUUAGAAGGCAGUGGAUUACCUAGAAAUAGAGAUUCUGAACGACCAGGUACUUCUUCAGCAUCUGAAGUAUGGGCCGAAGACAGAAUCAAAUGUGAUAGACCAUAUUCUAGAUAUGACAGAACUAAAGAUACUUCGUAUCCUUUACGUUCUCAGCAUAGUGAUGGUGCUUUUAAAAAAAGAGAUAACUCUAUGCAAAGCAGAUCAGGAAAAGGUCCCUCCUAUGCAGAUGCAAAAGAAAAUCCACGUCCUCAAGAAUCUAUAGAUUAUAAUAAUCAAAAACGUGGAAAAAGAGAAAACCAAACAUCUAAUCCUGAUCAUUUUUAUGACAGGAAAUCACGAACAAUAAAUAAUGAAGCUUUCAGUGGUCAAAAAAUUGAAAAACAUUUUAAUGUAAAUACUGAUUAUCAGAAUCCAGUUCGAAGUAAUAGUUUCAUCGGUGUUCCAAAUGGAGAGGUAGAAAUGCCGCUGAAAGGAAGACGAAUAGGACCUAUUAAGCCAGCAGGACCUAUCACAGCUAUAUCCUAUGAUGAUAAAAUGUUUUAUAAUAGUGGUCCCAAAAGAAGAUCUGGGCCAAUUAAGCCAGAAAAAAUACUAGAAUCAUCUAUUCCUAUGGAGUAUGCAAAAAUGUGGAAACCUGGAGAUGAAUGUUUUGCACUUUAUUGGGAAGACAACAAGUUUUACAGGGCAGAAGUUGAAGCUCUUCAUUCUUCAGGUAUGACAGCAGUUGUUAAAUUCAUUGACUACGGAAACUAUGAAGAGGUGCUACUGAGCAAUAUCAAGCCCAUUCAGACAGAGGCAUGGGGUGGCCAUAGCUGAGGAGCACCUUUCCUUUUCCUCACUGUAGCUUUUCUAUUCAGAGGUGUUUGGUCAUGAAGUGAUCAUUUUCUUUCUACAGUCAGUAGAAAAUCUUUUUCUAUUUCUCCCUUAAUAGUCCUCAUGACUUUAUUCUUGAUUUUAGGUUUGUAUAAGCUUAGCUGGACAAUAAAUUUAUCAGGUGUUGCAGCUAAUUUAAGGAUUCUGUUCUAAACUAUAGCAAUACUUUCAUAUUCUUCCUAGUUAUUUGUGAAUAUUUAUGCUUUAUUGUGUCAUUUUUUAAAUUGUGUCAUUUUUUAACCUAUUUUCCUUUUCUGCAGUCAAUUUAAAAAUCUUUUAUAAAAUACUUGAAAUAUUUUACAGAAAGAAGCAGAAUAGAAUCACUAAAUCUUUUGCAGAUUCUGAUAUUUCUUUUCUCCUACUUUUAUAAUCAAGUGAUUGUUGAUGUUUAUGAAUUUGCAUAAAUUACUAUAGCAAACAUUUCUGAAUCAUGCACAUCAUGAUCAGCCUUUCUUCCUUAUCUGCAUAAAUAAUUAACUUAGUUGAGAGGACUAUCUCCUUGAAAUAUAGAGGCCACCAGCUUAACAUAUCUUGACCUAUUUCCAUUUAAAAAAAUAUUUAUGUGCAUAUAGACUUAAAAAAACCCUGAAGAAAUAUAGUCUGUGUUGUCGUCAGUACAUAUAAUGUAGAGUUAGUGUAGAAUUCUCUUAGCCUCUGAUAGUAUUGAAAGUAUUAAUGUUGGAGUCUUAGAGUGCUGUUUUAAAAUUUUGGUAACUGGAAACUGUAACAAGUUUUAGGUUAAUCAAAAAUGUACAAAAUUAUCAAAAAACAAAACAUUCACUGUACCAAUAAGAAGCUAACUGUAAUUGAUAAGUCAUACUAGAAAAAAUAAAGGGCUACAAAGCUGCGGGGAAGUGGUUAGAGGCCUUAGCACAAUUACACUAUGGAUUGUGGAAUUUUUAAUUUUUUAACUUGUGCACUAUAUAUGCACACUACAUUUUUUUAAUUGUGAAAUGAUAUUGUAUCUUUUAUUAAGAUUUAUGUUUGUUAUUGCCACAAGAUUUUGGAAAACUUGUUUUCCUAGAUAUAGCAGUGAACAUUUAGUGAAGAUUUUUUUAAACUAGGUUGCAGAAAAACAGUCAAAACACCCUGCAUAUAAGCCAAAAGCCUUUGCCGAAAAUUAGUUGCUUGUAUUGUCUUUUAAAAGUAUAAGCAUAAAUCAUUAAAUAAAAAGCAUGAUAUAUUAAGUGACUCACUAAGUUAAUAGCUUGUAUGAAAAAUUAAAAUAAAAAUCAAGUUAAUACUUCAAGUGUUAAUGUUUUUCUCAUGAAAUUUGGAAAUUAUUUGCCUUAAAUUUGUCAGUAGGCCAAAUAUUUAUUUCUCCUUUUCGUGUGACUAUAUAUUUUCACUUCCAGAACGUACUCACUUGGGGAGUAUAUUUUACAGGGCCAAAAUGUGUGUUUGGAUUAUGAUUAAAUACUUGAUUUUCUUCAAAAUAAUUCAUUUAACUUUUGUUAUCAUCCCUAAUUUAUUUAUUCUAGCUAGAUUUCAUCUGUUUUUCUGUUUUUUUUUUUUUUUUUUUUUUUUUUUUUUGGCUAUCUUAAGAUACUGUAUCUUAAUUUGAUGUCUUUAUUGUAGUGAACUUUAGUUAUCACACAUAAUAUGAGAUUCACAGCUCAUUAACUGGAUAAGUACUCCAAUUUAUUUAUUUAUUUUUUAAAAUGAGUUCUUUGAACUUUAUAGGAUUUUUCUUAUUUUAGUAAAGUAAAUGAAACAUUAUGGAGUCUCAUGUUUUACUAGUAGAAUUAUAUAUGGAAAAAAACAGAUUAUUUUCUAUUUCCUACCACUGAGUGAGAAAACAUUCGGGGCAAAAAAAUACCUGCUACUUGUGUUUCCCACAGGCCCUUUCCAAAUUGGUUCCUUUAAACUCUAAAAGUAAUUCCAGGAAACCAGUAAAAAGAUGCCACAGGCAAUUUGGAAGCUUGUAAAAUACCCUGGUGCUGCUGAUGAGGCAAACUUUUUGCGUUGUUGCUUUUGAAUUGCUCUCCUAAACCUGGAAAACCACUGUUGGGUCCUGAUUUUCCAAAUAUAUUCAUGACCUGAAUUAUAUUGAGACUUUUAUAUCCUAAGAAAUGUUUUAGAAUGUGCUGAUAUCUAAUCUUUUCAAAAGUUCAUAGUAUCUGCUUCUUGGUGUCAGAAAACGAUCAUUGUUCAGCUAUGAUUCCAACUAGAAAAAGGCGAUUGUGUAGAUAAUUUGUUAGUUCUAAGACUGUAACAUACAGUACACAUCAUCUUGGGCAGUAAUUCUGGAAAGUGAUAGGCAAUUUGUUACUGUUUUGUAGGUGAUCAUCCCAUCUUAAGUGUUUUUCUGGACAAUACUAAUUUAUUCAACAAAUAUUCAUUAUAUAUCUAGUACAUAUCUUAGGUGUCUGGCACUGUUCUAUGUGAGGGUAGGUAUAAGUCUAUAAAACACAAAAAUCCCUGCUGUCUGCGCAAAGAUAAGAAAGUCAUAGUUUUUAGGAUGUGAAACAAACUGAAAUAUCUAAGUAGGGUCUGAAUUCUUACUUCCUGAAGCUUUAAACAAAAUACUAGUAGAAUAAAUCUCAUUUACUGAAAUAAGGUAACAUUUAUGCAUUUGGAAUACAUUUAUGAAUAAAUGCUCUGUCUGUCUAUGUCAGCAGGUUUUAUAUCUCCAGCAAAGUGAAGUUUCAAUUUAAAUAAUUACAGAUUAUUAUUCCAUAUUAGUUUAAAAAUAAAAUUAAUGUGGAAGAAGAAAACAUAAAGAAUUUUAUCUCUUUAGAGAGUUCUUAUCUAUAUAUUUUAUCUAUUUAAAAGGUAAAAUUUGUUUUUAGGAAGGUUUGGGUUCUGUUUUUUUAUGAUAAUUAUAUAUAUAUUUUCAUGCUGGCAUACUUUAAAAUGAAGAGCUAUCAAUCUCAAGUUUUAGUUUUGAAGUAACUUGCUAUGCAAAUUAUUUUAUAAUGUAACCCUGGGAAGCAUAUUUGAAAGUUACCUUUUCAAAUUCAAAUAAUAUGAAUACAAAACUAUAAAUUAUUCCAAAAAAGGAUAAUUUUUAUAAAAGGCAUUGACCUCAAAGGAAGAUAAGAAUUAUGUGGCAGUGAGGUUUUGCCAAUUAAUGUUUAGUAAACAGUAUAAGCACCUAUGUGAUCAUAGUCCAGAAGGUUUUUCUAUUUUACUGAUAAGUUCCUAAGUUAGCGAUUAUAAUUUUUCAUUCUUACUGGUUAAGGUCAUUGAAAUACAUCUUCUUCCACCAUACAUAAUUUGGGCAACUUUCAGAGAUUGCCAUGUGAGCAGUGCUCAUUUUCUUUUGCAAUAUAAAUGAGUAAAUCAGAAUGAAACUCAAUGGCUAGUCCCAUUUAAGAACAUAAUUUUCAAAUUGUGGUAUAUGGAACUUAAGAAUUCCAUGCAGUAUCUUUAAGCUUUGUUUUAGUAAAGUUUGAUUGUAUUAGAUGGUUCUUCAUUUCUUUCUUUGUCAUCUAUCACCCAGCCUUUUACAAUUUUUGAGGGAGGUUAUGGGUUAUACAAAGACACUUUGCUGGAGAUAUGAAACCUGCUAAUAUAGAAGGAUAGAGCCUUUAUUCGUAAGUGUAUUCCAAAUGCAUAAAUGUUACCUUAAAAUUAGUUCAUAUCUAAUCCUUAAAAUCCAAAUUCAGUUUGUGAUAGCUAAGCCUAAUUUAAUGUUAUGAAAAACUUGAGAUUUAGUUUUGACCUAGCUAUAUUAUUCAAUGAGGACAUUUUAAUUGACUAUUUAAAUUAAUACUAAUAAUAUGCUGUUUUAAUAAACUGUACAAAGUAUUGUUUGAAUUCUAAUAUCUGAUAAUAACAUAUGAUCUAUUUAAAGAAACUCUAUGUAAAAACAUCUUUAAAUGGUUUCUGGGUAUUCUGAGUUUUCCUUUAUUGGGCAAUGAAAGUAUAGAUUAUAUUAUUAUUUCAUGUUUUUUUUUUCUGAAGGUGAAGUAAAUCUUUAAGUGAAAUAACAUGACAGAAUAUUACCUAACACAUGCCAUCAUUCUUUUUAAAGUUAUUUUAGUAAUAAUGCAUCUGUUUCUAACUUUAAUUACAAUUCAUAAAAUAAUUUAAGCCUCAAAUUAUUUAACUAUUACUAUGUGGACAUCCGUUCCACUUCAUGGUUAAACAAAUUUGGAAAAUGCUAGAUUAAAACAAAUUAAGUAUUAGGUUAGUAUUAGGUUUGAAAAAUCUGCAGCAUUCUUUUUCUUUUUUUUUGAGACAGAGUCUUGCUCUUCUUGUUGCCCAGGCUGUAGUGCAAUUGUGCAAUCUCGGUUCGCUGCAACCUCCGCCUCCCGGGUUCAAGCAAUUGUCCUGGCUCAGCCUCCCAAGGAGCUGGGAUUACAGGUGUGUGCUACCACGCCUGGCUAAUUUUUGUAUUUUUAGUAGAGACAGGGUUUUGCCAUGUUGGUCAGGCUAGUCUUGAACUCCUGACCUCAGGUGAACCGCCCACCUAGGCCUCCCAAAUUGCUGGGAUUACAGGUGUGAGCCAUGGCACCUGGCUUUUUGUUUGUUUGUUUUCUUUUGUUUUGAGAUGGAGUUUCGCUCUUAUCGCCCAGGCUAGAAUGCAAUGAUGCAACCUCUGCUCACUGCAACCUCCAUCUCCCUCUGCCUCCCGGGUUCAAGUGAUUCUUCUGCCUCAGCCUCCCUAGUAGCUGGGAUUACAGAUGUGUGCUAUCACAUCCACCUAAUUUUUGUAUUUUUAGUAGAGACAGGGUUUUGCCAUGCUGGCCAGGCUGUUCUCAAACCCCUUACCUUAGGUGAUCCUCCCACUUCAGCCUUCCAAAGUGCUGGGAUUGCAGGCAUGAGCCACCUCGCCAGACCCACGGCAUUCUUUUUUUUUUGUAUAGAUGAAUAAUAUCAGAAGCUAUUACAUUAAUAUUUUAUCACCUAAAUCCUCCCUUUAUUAAUGGUAACCUAAAGUAUGGACUUCUGAAUAUAUGGCAUUGGUUAAUUAAGAAAUAUAUUUACAAUGCUUUACCUGUAUAUCCAAUAUUAUAUAAUAGAUUGCUUUUUCAACUUCAGCAUAGUCUUAAGGAAGCAUCCAUCAUGAGUUAGAGUUACAACUGAACCGGUCUGGAAUUGUUCAGGCAAUCUUAUUUAUUCCUUUGAUACUUUUGGUUCGGUAGUCCUAAGACUUGUUCUCUUGGAAAUGCAAAUUUUACCUUUUCAUUUACUUUACUUAUAGAUAAUUUUAAAGCUAUAAUUUCAGACUGUACUGAAUUUUACCAUUCAUUUGGAAAUAUAUGUAGAAGACUUCCUAAUAGAGUCAGUGCACAGGAAAUAAAGUAGUAAAAUAAGUGGGGCUGAAGGAUAUUAUUGUUUUGUCUUAUUUCUAUGGUCUCAAAGAUGUAGUCUUCUAUUGGGCAUGUAUCUUAACACUCAUGUCAAUAUAUUUUAAAUAUUUUUUAUAAAUCUGAAAAAGCAUCCUUGUUAAAUACACACACACACACACACACACACACACACAAAAUUCUGUUUUAAUUUCUGAGCUCUUUCAUCUGCAUCUAAAAAUGCAGAAAAAUAAUGGUGUUCAUUUUACCAUAGACUUUAUUCCCUUUCAAAUGGAACUCACUCAGUGCAGCUUCUCUCUUUUAUAGUCAGUGAUGGUGAACCUUGAUGGUGAUGGACUAAAAGUGGACUUAUGAUACAUAUUUGAUUGCAUACCAUAAUAAGUUGUCAGUUGUUCAUUCUCUUUUUAAAUCCUCUGUGUAUUCUACUUAAUACUAUUUCUGUUUAUUCUUUUAUUGUCUUAUUAAUCACCUCUCAAUUUCCAUUGUUUCCUGUACAUUAUAUUCUUUUGGCCUUUUUAUUUUUAAACUUUUUCUUAUUACCUCUGGUGAGUGGUAUCUUUUGAUGUAUUUGGGCUACUCUUACUACUGAUCUUAAUUUAUUGAACUUUACUGGACCUGUGCUGUUUAUUCUAGAAUCAUGCAUAAUGGGUUUCACUGUCAUACCUCUAGUAAAAGAGUGGAGUUGAUCUGUUUCUUUCUGAGAAACAUUCUGGUGUUAUAGAGCUUCCAGCUCCAUUAAACUUGGGAACUACUGGCAAGAGUUUUACAUUUUGGCUUGAAAUAACUCCUUUAGUGGUCUGUCAUUGGCUGAGAGCUCCAUUCAGAAGGGAAAGGAAGUACUGCAACAGUGAGUACAUUUUAUUUGCCUUAAAAAGCUCAUAUAGUUUACUAAGAGUAAACAUAAUGAAGAGGUUCUAGUAAGCAACAUAGACCAUCAUAAGAAUAUAAAAGUUAUUAUUUUUUUGUACAUAAUUAUUCUUGCCUCAUCCACCCUGCUUGGGGUUUUCUAAGUGUGUUCUGAGAACAUUAGUUCUACUUCAUGGUUAAACAAAUUUGGAAAAUGUUAAAUUAAAAAAAAAAAUUAAGUACAUUUUUUGAUUACAGGACUUCUUUGAGUCAAUAACAAAUUAAUAUGUAUUUUAAAUCUCUGAGGGAAAUAUAUAAUGUAUAUGUUUCAAAAAGCUAUUUUCUCACGGAAUUAUUUUUUUCCUCUGUAUAGAACCUGAUAUAGAAUGUCUGUCUACAGGAAAUACUUGGAAACCAUUGUAACUCUUUGUUUUAUAUUUCUAGUUUUCAAAUUUCUCAUCUGUAACAUGGGUAAAGGUUUAUCUCUGGAAUACAUUGUUUUAGAGUUUCCAAAUCUCUAAUAAUAUGGAAUUUUUAUGUUACAAAUAGAGAUUAAGUAUAUAAACAGAAACUUCUCCUCGAUCAUGUUUCAAGACUCUUCUGUGAAUAAUGAGACAAAAUAUAUGCCUGAAAUUUGUCCCUUUUAAGUACUUCCGCCAUUAAUAAUACUAUUUUAUCGCAUUCAAAUAAAUAUUUUAUAUAUAAUUAUA